AGAAUCAAGAUAUCCAUUGAAAGCCAAUCAAAAAAAGCAUGGCUCUGUAUUUUCCACUUCCUCUCCGUUCUGGGUCCUGCGACUUCUCAGCUUAUUCGAGUAAAAAAGGUUGUGGGUCAAGAACCGGGAAAUGUGGAAAAAAGCAACGUGUUAUCUUCUGCAAGAAUGAGAACAAGGAAGAAGAAAAAACAAGUUUUGGGAUUAAAGAACAACAUGGAGGUGGAAGAAGGGAGGUUGUGCUACAGAUGGUGUUCAGUACAAUUUCCCUUCAGGCAAUUGUUCCUAACGCACUGGCCGAUACUGAGGUGCCAGAGGAUUUCAAGGUUUACUCAGAUGAGGUCAACAAGUUCAAAAUACAGAUUCCCCAAGAUUGGCAGGUGGGUUCAGGAGAACCAAGUGGAUUUAAAUCAGUGACAGCAUUCUACCCAGAAGAAGCUUCUGGUUCAAAUGUCAGCGUAGUUAUCACUGGGCUUGGCGCGGAUUUUACCAGACUCGAGUCUUUUGGCAAAGUUGAUGCUUUUGCAGAGAAUCUGGUAAAUGGAUUGGAUAGAAGCUGGCAAAGGCCUCCCGGUAUUGCUGCAAAACUCAUUGACUGCAGAGCUGCUAAUGGGUUUUAUUACAUUGAGUAUUGGCUUCAGAAUCCUGGGGAAAGUCGUAGACAUUUAUUUUCAGCUGUUGGGAUGGCAAACAACGGUUGGUACAACAGGCUUUAUACCGUGACCGGACAGUAUUUGGAAGAAGAAUCAGAAAAAUUCAGUUCUAAAAUUGAGAAGGUUGUUGCAUCCUUCAGGUUUAUUUGAAGAAAAAUUUGCAUGUUCAGGAUAUAAACUGAGGCUGAAGAUUACUGGUUCAGCAGCUCUGUGGAUUUCACAAUGCGCACGAAUUGGCAUUGUGCAAAAAGAUGAGAUGAUUUAUAUACUCAGAUUGCAUCAAGUGUCUUUUGUUGUAAAAUUGUAAGGAAGGGGAAGAGAAAUUAUCUCUAUGCUACCAUUGAAAAAAUUUUCCA